UCACCAUCAGUAUGCUUAUCUACCCCGCCUUGGACACCCCUACAUUACGUUCUAUCACUAAUCUGCCCGUUCCCAGCAUUCAUUUUUUACAAAUAAAUUUAAAAGUCAUUUUCGCGCCAAUAGUUUACAUGACGUCUUCCUGUCAGUUCGGAAAUGAAACCGGUUUGAAUAGUGCCAAUCUUCUAUUGUGAUAUAUACACGGCGAAUAUUGUUCUUUCAUAAUUAAUAGAUACCUACUUACAUUACAAAAUCCAUUUCUUGAAUUAUUAUAUAAUCAUUUCUGUCGGUAACAUUUUCCCGCGCUAUCUGCGAUCGAAGUGACUUAAAGUAAAGCCGCGAACACAAUGAACGAAAUUGAUUUAAUCAAAGAAGUUGAAAAACGACCAAUUUUAUAUGAUAAGUCAGUAAGUGGUUUUAAUAAAACAAAGCUGAGGGAUGACGCGUGGAAAGAGGUACAAGAGGCUUUGCAUGUUUCAGAAGCGGAAUGUAAGAAACGCUGGCGUUCAUUGCGAGAUUCAUUCAUCAAAUUGCAAAGGACUCACGGCGGUCGCACCCGAUGGCCUUAUCACAACGCGAUGCGAUUUCUUCUGCCGCACGUGGAGCCGAAGUCGGAUACACCUCCAAAGCGCGAGACAUCCGACUCCGAAACUGAGGAUGAAAUACGCCACCGUCCCGGGCAAUCAUUGCCCGAUCUCUUCUCCGAUCCUCGGUUAGAAGACGACGAAGACUUCCAGCCAAAGAAACCUCGCCUCAACUCCACGGACGAAGAGUUCCAACGAACUGAUCCUGACGAGCUGUUCCUACUCAGCUGUGCUUCCACUUUGAAAAGACUGAACUCCAAGCAAAAUGCUGUUGCUAGACUUAAGAUACAACAGGUCCUAUACGAAGCCGAAUUUGGUACACAAAUGGAACUACCUUACGUUACUCCUGCUAGUGAUUGUGAUUACGAAAACGUAGACGCAUCAGCAGAAUAAACAUUUUACAAUUAUCAAUUUUACACAAUUUUAAUGAAUAUCACGUGGAAUUAAAAAUUAUGCUGCAAUAAAAUAUGAAAUCUAAACGUACCGUCAAUGUGUACUGCCCUUUAUUGAUGGCGUUAUUUUUGGCGCCAAUUUGACAUUUGUUACGUCAUUCAUCAUUUUCAAUUCCACGAAAUAUUGCACGCACGUAUUUGAAGUAAUAUUGAUUAACCGUGAGGUUAAUAUAUUAAAAUCACGCUCGAUGAUAAAGGUUCUUGAAUAAGUA